CUCACUCAAAUGCGGAAUUCAAAACAGUUGAUCUCAUAGAAAUUAAGAGUAUAAUGUCAGGAGAGGCUGGGGGAAGGAGAGAGGGGAGAGAGAGAGAGCGCAAAACCUCCCAUCUGCUGAUUCCCUCCACAAAAGUUUGCAAUGGCUGAGACUGGGACAAGUUAACACAGAGAGCCAGAAACAACCCAGACCUCACAUAUCCAUGAUUUAAUUCUUAUCACAGGCUUCCUGCUCAUCUCCAGAGCUAAGACUGAUUUUGAAGGAAGAAAGCAAAUAUAGUGUACCUAACAAAGCAAAGGCUUUAGUAUCUUGAAUGUGCCAUAGUGACAGAAACAACACUCUUACAAAAUGUUUUAUCAGAGAUUCUGCCCAGAGUAUAAACAGAAACAAAAAAUAAAAGACAGAAUAUUGGAAAAAAGAACAGAAUUAUAUGCAGAAAUUACAUGAUUACCCAAAAGAAAAUCUGGAAGAAAUAAACCAAUACACAUUAAAAUCGUUUCUGUUGACUGGGAGAAUGAAUUGCAGUAAACUGACAGGGACACAGGAAUAAAGAUGUAAGGCUUUCCCUGCGAUCCACAAAAGGCAUCUUUACAUGAACUGCUCCCUUCUCUGAAACAUAUAUUCUGAAUUCUACUAAUCAUUUAGUAUACUUUGGAACAUUAAAGAAAUUAUUGACCUACAAAAUUCUGCAAAAAUAAGUAGUGCUUGUAAGUUCAAAUAGCCUGAGUAGCGAAGGACAACAUGUGAUCCUCUCCAGUAAUCACAACUUGUUUGCUACUUAUUCUCCCUCAUUUUGAUAAUUAUGGAAUAAAGCUGGCAACAUGGAAAGGGCAAACCAUUCAGUGGUAUCUGAAUUUAUUUUGCUUGGACUUUCCAAAUCUCAAAAUCUUCAGAUUUUAUUCUUCCUGGGAUUCUCUAUGGUCUAUGUGGGUAUUGUGUUAGGAAAUCUUCUCAUCUUGGUCACUGUGGCCUUUGACUCACGCCUUCACACACCAAUGUACUUUCUACUUAUUAAUCUCUCCUUUAUUGAUAUGAUCCUGGCUUCUUUUGCCACCCCUAAAAUGAUUGUGGAUUUCCUCCGAAAACAGAAGACCAUCUCCUGGUGGGGGUGUUAUUCUCAAAUGUUCUUCAUGCACCUUCUGGGUGGCAGUGAGAUGAUGCUGCUGGUAGCCAUGGCAAUAGACAGGUAUGUUGCCAUAUGCAGACCCCUCCAUUACAUGACCAUCAUGAACCCACGGGUGCUCGUUGGGCUGCUGUUAUCCUCCUAUGCAGUUGGGUUUGUCCACUCGUCUAGUCAGAUGGCCUUCAUGUUGAAUUUGCCCUUUUGUGGUCCCAAUGUGGUAGACAGCUUUUUCUGUGACCUCCCCCUGGUGAUCAAACUUGCUUGCAAGGACACCUAUGUGCUACAACUCCUGGUCGUUGCUGACAGUGGCCUUUUGUCCCUGGUCUGCUUCCUCUUGUUGCUCAUCUCCUACACAGUCAUCAUAUUCUCGGUCAGGAAUCGGGCUGCUAGUGGAUCCUCAAAGGCCUUCUCUACUCUCUCAGCUCACAUCACAGUUGUGACCCUGUUCUUUGCUCCAUGUGUUUUUAUUUAUGUAUGGCCUUUCAGCAGAUACUCUGUGGAUAAAAUACUCUCUGUGUUUUACACGAUCUUCACACCUCUCUUAAAUCCUAUUAUUUAUACAUUAAGAAAUCAAGAGGUAAAAGCAGCCAUUAAGAAAAUAAGGUCUCGACACAUAAACUCAAAACACAUUUUUUAGAUGACAUUUCUAAAGAGAGACAGUCUCUUGUUUGGACAUCAUUAAGGGAUUCACUUUAAGGUUUUCUAAGUUCUGUUUAAGGCAACAGUGGGUGUUAGGGUUAAAAGGCUGGUAUCUUUUCUGUGACUUUUAAUGGUCAGAAAACAUGGUGUUUACAGUCAGACAGGUAUGCAACUAAAUUCCACCUUCAGGAAAAUUUGAAGACAGUAAAUUAAAGACCUGUGGUUCAGUUUAUUCAUAUAUAUAUAUAUAUAUAUAUAUAUAUGCUUCUUAUGUUAUUAUUUAA